AUGGCAGGCCCACCUUACCUUCAUCCUGAGGGCGUCACGGUCUAUUACACCGAGGACGCCUACCUUUCGCGAGUUCUGAUAUUCUACUGGCCUGUGACCACUGCAGGCUCCAGCAUUUCUUCCCGACAUCGAAUAACUAUCUUCACGAAAAUUGGUCAUGCCAGCUUUCCACCUUUCCAGGUAUCGCCUCAAAGUUCGUACUAUGGCGCGGUAGCACAGCUCUCAGACGAGCGUCAGCGUGACGAGACAUACCGAGUUAUGGUCUUUAGUCUGGCGAAGUAUUUCGAUACUCUGCCCGCGGCCUCCAAAGAGAACGGAUAUGAUUCAGGAGGUCGCACUUUGUUUGAUGAUAGACAUGCCGGCAAGAUCGCAAACAAGCUAUGCAAAGUGACGAAUCCUAUAAGAGUCCUGGAGGAUGUUCAAUCAUUCUAUUCAUCAUCCUCAAAACUUCAACAAACAUCUUCCCGCCCGUCCUCCUCCUCAAGAUCCACAAGCUUCUCCUCCGAGCAAAAGCAAGCUAUUCGCCUAGCUAUGUGCGAAGUGGUUGACACGGAAGAACGCUAUGUCUCCAAAAUGCACGAACUCCUCUUUAACAUCAUCUCCGAAUUCCGCGAAAAGUCCUGCACGAAGCCUCCUUCAUCUACAAGCCCAGACGCUCAAGCGCUCUCCAAGCUCUUCCCUUCCUGCCUCGACGCCAUCUUCACCGUCAAUCGAGGCUUUCUCGACUCCAUUCGCCACGUUCUCGAAACCACCGAGGAUUCGGCAAUAGAGUCCAUCGCUUCAGGCGACGACGAAAAACUCAGCUCACACGACUUUUUGGGCAUCCGAGCCUUUUCGAGGGUGCUUUGCGAUUGGUUUCCCAAAUUCCUCUACCCCUACAAAGAAUAUCUUUACGCACACACCACUUUCUCUGCCCUACUCAGCUCUCUCAUGAGAAAUCAUGCCGCCUCGAGCUUCUCCCGUCGCGUUCGUGAAACAGGCGAGCAGAAACUCCGUUCAAUGCUCAUGGAACCCGUGCAGCGUCUUCCGCGGUACAGCCUCCUCAUCGACUCAAUGACAACACCAUUACCCGUCGGUGAACCCAGUCUGAAACUCCUAGCCAAAGCCCGAGACGUGGUGAGCGAGAUCUGCGCUAUGGAAACUCCUGUAAGCAAAAUACUAGACAGCCUGACCAUCACCUAUGAAGAAGAAAAAGCCUAUCGAAGUCUAAGUCCGACGAAAUUCCUGAGUAGCCUAGCGACGGGGGAGGAUAUGGUGGUUAUGCGGCAUGUGCCGAGGUUGGCGGUGCCGGAAGAGGAGAGGGAUAGGGACAGAGAGAAAGAGAAAGAGAGGGGAAGGGAUAGAGGGGGAGGGGGAGGAGGACUGAGAAGGGCGCUGAGUCGAAGGGUUAGUCCGCCGAAGCGGGAACAACGUGAACAGCAGAUGCUGAAGGAGAAUCUGCCACCCCGGGUUCUGAUGCCGACGGGCCAGCAGAAGGAUCCGCUGUUGAUGGAGUUGGAGAUGCUCAGGAGGGAGAAUGCGGCGCUAAGAGAUAUGCUGGAUCGGUGUACAUGUGGUGUUGCUGAUUCUGGGGGUGGUGGGCCGGAGAAUUAUGCAUAUAGAUAA